GAGUAUAUUACGAUUUGGACCUUUAACUACUACGUUCCCUGGUUUGUUCGCACGGACUAUAUUGAAUCGUCGCUUAAUAGGUGGCACUAUUGGCAUGUAGAGUUUAACAUCUACUACAUUACACACAACGCUGGUUGCGUGUGGACAGAACACCAAUUGCCUUGAACUACAAUACCCACACUAUCGUUGUAGUACUUCAUAUAGCGCAAGCAGCAAGGUAGCAGCAGGUAAACAAACCCAUUUGACAGGGAAGGCGAAUCAAACAAAGCUUUCACGUUGAAAACGCGUCAUUUAUAUUUAACGUCAAGGAUGAUGCCGGUGUAAAAACAGGGACGUAUUGAGCUGCGUUUUAUUGUAUUUCAUUUAUUUCGAAUACAAACGGCUGGAUAUCAAGACAGGUGCCUAAUGCGCAUCAUGCGCAGCAGCAUUUCUGUGAAACUGGACGUUUUGAACGUUAACGUUAUCAUUUUAGGAAUUGAAUCUCUCGGACGAGAUGUAGGCUGUGUUCUAUAGCUAGAAUACCUCCUUGUUUUGGACUGAAAACGACCUGCAAAAUGGGCCCCAUCAUGCAGGAGCGAACAGCAUCCACGACACUGAAGCGCGUUUCCUCCAAAGAUAAAAUUAAGGUUCGAAACGCUGAGAAUACUGGACUUGUGACAAGUUCAAAGAAGGGAAACAAGGUGAAAAAGGCAAGUGGGCAGUUGAAGAAUGGCUUACCAGGUCAGGAAAAGGACUUGGUAGCAACCGUCCACAAGGGAACGCAGUCAAGAGGAGGCAAGGUCAAAGCUGCAGCCUCAAGAAACACAAGCAAACUUUCAAGCCCUCAAGACGAAAGGCCUUUUAAAUCUCCCGCCCCCAAGCACUCAUCGACGCAAAGGAAAGAGGAGAAGCGAGAAAUGCAGCGAUUGUCCCCAUGCUGCAACGAAGUGGAUCAGAAUCAGAGUCGGAUGGGCAGAAACCGAAGGGCCCUCUCCCUGCCCCUGUCCCCCAUCGCCGGCCUGCGCCACAUGCCCAUGCACUCCCCGGCCCCCACCCCAGAGGCCAUGCACCGCCACUACGCCCAGAACGAGGACGACACCGACAGCGCCAGCGACCUGUCGGACUCGGAGCGGCUGCCCGUCCUCCCCUCCCCGUGCACCCCCUGCACCCCCCCUCACCUCGACCUGAGGGCCGAGGUCAUCGACACCAGCGACUUCCCGCCCGACUUCCCGGGGCCCUGCGGGGCGGCGGGCGGCGAGGAGGAGGAAGAGGACGGCGACGAGGCCGAGCGGCCCGCCUUCAGCUACCCGGAGUUCCUGCCUCCGCCCUUCAACAGCUGGAGCCUGCGGCAGCUGGCCGUGUUCCUGCACACCGAGGGCCGCAGCGCCCCCCGGCCCAAGCCCGUGGGGCCCCUGGAGAGGUACCUGGAGCGGCUGCUGCAGCUGGAGUGGCACCAGAUCCAGACGGUGCAGGCGGAGGGCGCCCGCCGCCGCCAGCCGGGCGCGCUGUCCUCCGCGGCGGCUCCGCCGGCGGCCCACCCGCCGAGGCCUCACACCGCGCCCCCGCCCCGCCUCAACUCCCCCAAGGGCCCGCGCCAGGUCCAGAGAGCCCCGCCCUCCGUGUCCCUCAACACGCCCACGUCGCCCGCCGCCCCCGGGCAGCCGCCGCCGGGGCGCUACCCCGUCUGCCCCCAGUGCCACAUCCGCUACCCGCUGUGCAACGGCAGCUGCUCGCCGUACGCCUACCAGCGCCACUCCCGCCUCAGCCCGCUGAUGGAGCGCAGGGCCAGGAACGGCGCCGGGGCCGGGGCCGGGGCGCCGCCCAAGCGGAGCAGCAGCGAGAGCCGGGCCACCUCCUCCGACGGUAGGGCCUCAGGGGGGGGUGGUGGGGGAGGAGGAGGAGGAGGGGCGCAGACUCCCGUCAGCCCGUCGUCGGCAAAGAGUCACGUCAAACAGAUGCAGGCGGCGGGGAACGCCAGGAAGACCCACCACCUGGAGCCAGGAGCUGGUGGUGGUGGAGGCCUGGCUGGUGGCGGCGGUGGCGGUGGUGGUAGCCAGGCGGCUAGUGGCAGCAAUGGCCAUAUCGCUAGCGGCAGUGGUAGCCAGGUGGCUAGCGGUGGCGGGAGUAGUAGCCAGGUGGCUAGCGGUGGCCAGGUGGCUACGGCCAGAGGUCAGCAGAGGAAGGGCCGGGUCAGAGCCAACUCGGAGACGGAUGUGAAGAAGGAGGCCGGCACUAAAGGCCCCAACGCGGAGAAACGGAUCACCUCCGGGGGGAAACGGGAGCUGAACGCCGCCAGGAAGGCCGAGCGGGACGGGCAGAGAGCGGAGGCGGGAGGAACGGCCGCCAAACCCAGCAUGAAGAGGACGACGAAGGAGCCGGCUUCCCUCUCCAGACCACCUGGCAGUAAGCCCAACGGCAAGGCAAAGAACGUGCACUUCGUAGCUAAGUAAACGGGUUCUGUAGUUAUUACGCUUUACUUAAUGGUUACUAAAUAGCGAGGCUUCAACUUAUGCUUGCUUUCUGUGUAAUGUGUGUAUUACUAACACGUCACUCCAGCACUCAAAACGAAGCCGUUGCUUGCUGCAGUCAGAAUAUCAAUAUAAAUAGUCACAUAACAAGUCUAGUGAUAAAACAGCAAUGAGGCAUAUUGCAAGACUCAUCUAUAUACAAGGAAUAUGCAGACAUCAAUCUUAAUGUAGUUUUUGGAUCAUGAAUAUGCACUUUCUCCCGCUCAUCGUACCUUUACACAGUACAAGACUUACACAUAGUACAAAGUAGUACGACGUAGUUGUGCUUUCAAUGUAACCUGAGGUUUGUUACACCGCAACCCUCCGAGUAGUACAGUCUGUCGAUGUAGGAAUACAUAUAGAAUAGGGUAGUCUGUAUAUUUUGAAAAAUCAACAUGGACCAAGUAGUAAUAGUGGCGGGUGUGAUCUGAGUCCUCCGUAUUUAUCUUUGAGUGAACAUUUUCCUUUUCAUGUUGGAAUGUAUUCUUUCAUAAGAGCUCUUUGUUUGUUUCACGCCCGCAUUGGUGCCUCCCCAGGAAGACGUUUGUUCAGCGACAUUAUUAGUGAAGAAGAUAAAAGAGUUGAAGUGUUGAAGUGGGUUCUUUCAGAUGUACUCGUGGUUGUCCCACUUUGGUCAUGAGGGCUUUUGUUCGAACAAAGUGGAAUUGUCGUUUCACUACAAAAUAUUUUGCCUAGAGCUGAGCUUUGACUUGUGCGUGAGAGACAGUGUAAUGUUUGCUACAAAAAUAUGCAUAUUUUUCCAGAUUUUUGUAUAUGAUAGUUAUAUUUAUCGGAAAUAUGUUAUGUUCAAUGUUUAUCCAUGCUUUAGAUUGUUAUGUAUACAUGUUUAUGUGCAAAAGAAAAGAAUACCAAAUAAGCUGAAUGUAUAUUUUCUCUAUAGUUUGUCAGCUUAACCAUUGGCCAAUUAAGUGAUUCCAUGACAUUUCCAUUUCUAUCAUAGUUUAAAUAGUGUCUUAAAAAGUAAUCAAUUAAAACAACUCAUAUGUAUCAUAGAAUGCAUAGUUUUCCCUAGGAUACUGUUGAUGGUCGAAGUCUUAACAGUCAUCACGUGAACUUGUUUCAUGAAAACGCUGGAUCAAACAAUAUGGUUUCCCUUUACUUGACAUUUAUGAAAAGCAUCAAAGCCAUAGGUUAUGGGUGGGUGGUCUGUGAACUAUAUACAUGUAUAUUACAUUGUUGACCCGCACGCUAAAGAAUGUUGUAUGUUUUUUCUCAAUGUUGACUGCAAGUAUUUGUAAGGCAUAGAAAUAAAUGUUUUGCACUCA